AUGGAUCAAUAUAACACAAAAGAGGAUAUCCUCAAGCUAGGCAUCAUCGACCCGGAGCUCGAAGAGGUAGGCCAGCAUAGAGUACUUUCUGAAUACCUACUUACCAACCAGGUCCUGAAACAUAACCCACCUCCAAUCAUGGACUUCUCGCAGCCUAUCGAGCAACCGCGCCAAAUAGUUUCGGCAAUGGAAAAGGCAGCAUACGAAUCCUGUCCAACAUUCGAUACGCAGGAAACUACCAUUGACAUUCACAUGCGCGAUGGAUAUAAAAGCAACCUUCACAUCGUCAAGCCCACGAGUUCAUCUUCAGGCAAUCCCGUGGUGGUUCUUGUAUUCGGAGGAGGUUUCGUCAUGGGCACAAACAUCCAAUCCAUUGUCUGGGCCCGCACGAUCGCACACCUGUACGGUGCUACUGUGGUCCAGCCCUCUUAUCGCCUGGCACCGGAGCACAAGUUCCCGAUAGCGCCAAAUGACAUAUGGGAUAGUGUGCAAUGGAUAGCCGCCAACGCGUCUGCACUUGACGCGGACCUAACAAAUGGAUUCGUCAUUGGCGGCGGAUCAGCCGGUGGAAACCUUUCCAUUGUAACAGCGCAUCGUUCCGUGAAAGAGAAGCUCUCUCCGCCCAUCACCGGAGUUUUCGCCAGUAUCCCAGUCUGCAUGAGCGAGGAGACCGUGCCAGAGAAAUAUAAGGACCUGUGGGUAUCUCGGGAACAAAACGCGAAUGCGCCUGGAAAUCCAGGUCUCGAUUCAAAGUCUAUCGGCGGAUACGAGGCUCUAUAUCAGCAGGAUUUCUUGUCGGAGGACUUUUCGCCCUUCAAUUCGACAGCGCCAUUUUCUGCGCUUCCACGGACAUAUAUUCAAAUUGCCGGGCUGGGUAUUCUCCGGGACGACGGUUUGAUAUAUGGAAAGGUCCUGAAAGACAAUGGUGUUGAGGUGAAAUUUGAUGCUUACCCUGGUGUGCCGCAUGGCCAUUUUAAUCUAUGGCCACGCCUGGAACAGUCAAUCAAGUGCCAGGAGGAUACUAUCUGGCAUUUCGGAUGGCUUUUAGAUCGCCAGGUACCUAGGGAACGGGUGGAAGAGAUUGUUGCUUUGAUUGUGAAAUGA